AUAUCAAAUAACGUUCACAAAAAUAUGUUCAAAUCAUCAAAUAUGAGUUUGGAUCUAGGGCAUAUCUACUAUAUUCCUAACACAUUCUUCUCCUCCUGUCCCACUGCAUCUCUCUUUGUGUAACAAAAUUCAGAGGAUAUUUUAUGUUGUCCUGAGAUGAAUUUAAUUGGAGAAAUAUGGUAAGUUAGGAUUCAUAUAGCCAACCCAACUUGUUUGGGACUGAUGCAUAGUUGUUGUUCUCAUAUUAAAUUUUACAGAAUUUUCUGAAAUUCUACUUCAUUCUACAUCAGAAUUUCAGAUUUUUCUAACUUUAACUAAUACAGUGUAAAUGUUAGACACUAUUUUAUGUACUUUUUCUGUCUACUUUCAGCCACUCAUAUUAUCAUGAAGGUGUCUGGUUAACAUUGCUUUUGUUUAUCUUUAAUAGUCAUGUAAAUAUAUGAACUUAUUACUUAUUUACGUUAAUUUAGCCACACCCUAUCAUCCUUGUCUUCCUCUUCUUUAUUAUAGAACUUUCACCCAUCGUAUACCAUGCUUAUUGUAUGUCAUUUAACAGCAUUUAUCUAUUUCUUAUCAGAUUGAACACUAAAUAGAACUGAUUGAACAAUGUAAUGUCAACCUAUUGGCACAUUACUGAUCCUCAUCUAGGGCCUCUAACCAUGAAAUUAGACAUGGAUUUUUGAAAUAAAUUCAUAGUUUUUUCCGUAAAGAUAUUGAGUACAAGGCAUUGCCAAUUUAUGAACCUUUGCCUAAGCAUUUCUGUCUUCAUUUGAUAGAGCGCAUUUUAAACGGGAACUGUCUGAUGAGGUGUCAUAUUUAUUUGUCAUUAGCACCUUCUUCCUUUGAUUGAGUACAAGGACUGACACUUUUGUGUCUAACUAGACAGCUGUGAUAUCUGGUUUCUCAUCAUUGCCAUGGCUUAUAAAGCCCUUAUAUGGAUUCAUCAGUGAUUCCUUCCCACUCUUUGGUUACCGAAGAAGAUCGUACUUGGUAUUAUCAGGACUCCUUGGAGCCCUCUCAUGGGUUUUUAUGGCCACCUUUGUUGACAGCAAGUACGGUGCUGCUUCCUGCUUACUUAUUGGUUCUCUUUCUGUUGCUUUCUCAGAUGUUGUCGUAGACUCCAUGGUUGUUGAGCGGGCACGUGGUGAGUCUCAAAGCAUGUCAGGAUCUCUUCAGUCACUAUGCUGGGGUUCUUCAGCAUUUGGGGGAAUUGUCAGUUCUUACUUCAGUGGCUCCCUUGUGGAUUCUUAUGGUGUGAGGUCCGUUUUUGGUGUAACAGCAUUACUUCCGUUGAUAACAUCUGCAGUAUCUGUACUUGUGAAAGAGGAGCCUGUACAUGGCCCAGCAAGGGGUCUUUCUUUAGGCAAUGGCUUCUUUGAGAGUUCAAAAAGUAGCAUUUUCCAGUUAUGGGGAGCUGUUAAGCAGCCUAAUGUUCUUUUUCCCACGCUAUUUAUUUUCCUAUUUCAGGCAACACCACAGUCAGGUUCUGCUAUGUUUUAUUUCAUAACAAAUAAACUUGGUUUCACUCCAGAAUUCUUAGGCCGCGUUAAGCUGGUUACUUCAGUUGCAUCACUGAUUGGUGUUGCGCUGUAUAACAGUUUCUUAAAGAAUGUUCCUUUAAGGAAAGUAUUCCUUGUGACGGCUAUUAUUGGUUCAGCUCUUGGGAUGACUCAGGUUCUACUGGUAACCGGAUUGAACCAGCAUUUUGGCAUUAGUGAUGAGUGGUUUUCAAUUGGGGAUUCGUUGAUCCUAUCUGUUCUUGGUCAGGCUUUUUUCAUGCCUGUUCUUGUAUUAGCUGCAAGAAUAUGUCCACUGGGAAUGGAAGCAACUUUCUUUGCAACCCUUAUGUCUAUAGCCAAUGGAGGAAGUACCCUUGGGGGCCUACUCGGUGCCGGUCUAACGCAGAUCUUUGGUGUCACCAAGGACAGAUUUGAUAACUUGGCUCUCCUAAUAGUUGUCUGCAAUCUCAGCUCUCUGUUGCCUUUACAGCUACUUAGCCUCCUUCCUCGAGAUGUACCUGAUUCAGAGGAGAAUACUGAUAUUGAGAUGAUAUCAUCUUAAAUUCCUGCCUUCUUUACAUACCAUGAAGUUACUCAUGUGGCCUCUGACAUGGUUGAUUGUUUUAACUAACUUUAACUACAGCUUUUCGGGUUAACUGUAGGUGAGAACUCACUCAUUUAAAUUAGGAAUGCUAAUAUGAACGACUAAAGAUGAGUUAUGAUCUCAAGUCAUCACUUGAGACGAUAACUAUAUGGAUUAGUAAUAUAGUACUUUUUAAGCAGCUAGUAGGACCCAUUUUGAGCCGUUUCCAAUGUAACAUUUAUAUUGCCGGAUGGACAACAAUUAUACAGAUGUGGUGUCUAUGAACCCGUGUUAGUUAUUUUCUGAGGAAAGGUUUGCUACCAUAUUUUGCCUA